AUGUCUGCUGACUUUGACCAGAACGCCGCCAUGCUUGAUUUGGAUUCAAUCCGCGAGUUUCAAAAGGAAGCCAUCUGGCGGCAGAUGCAAGAGUACAAGCGCGACGCCACCCGGGCGCAAAGGCGAACUGUCGAUCUUGAGCGCCGGCAGCGUCACUGGGUCGAGCAUAUUGGCAGCGUAUGUGAGAUCUGGGACAAGGCGGUGCAUGAGCUCGAUGUCAUUGUCAACGGCUCUGAUCUCGCCGCCUCAGCCUCGCAAACGCCCUCUGCUGCCAGCCAGCAAGAAUCGUGGCUUAAUAUUCUAUUGCCAACUAGACUCCCAUCAGACUAUAAGCAGUCGACCGACGGCACAUCCAACGACAACGCAAAUACAAGCGACGCAAUUCAGGAAACCACCAGUGCCGUAUCGAGCCUCGGGCGUUUUAACGCAUCAGUGGCCAAUGUCCUUAAGCAAUUGCAAAACAAGGGCAACGACUCAUCUUCCAUCGACUGGACAUCGGCCGUUGACCGCUUGGCCCGAAUGCGCGCGUCCCAGAGCGAGGUCGACGACUUGAAGUCCCAGGUUGCCCUGAUGUCGAGGCAGCUGUCGGAGGAGCGCGACCUAUUGGAGCUGCGGGAGAGUGAGCUUCGGCGCGCGCUCAAGCGGCUGGAUCGCAGCGUGUGCCUGACCGUGCGCUCCCCCAACGACCCCCCUUUGCCCGCCACUAACGCAGAGCCACAGGCUUCAAUCACAUCGUCUCUGGGGAGCAAGAUCAGCGCGCAGUCAGAGGACGAUAAACAGACUGCCAGCUCCGCGCCUGCGUCCGAUGCCACCAACGCAACGUCGGCCACUAACGGCUCCGCGCUUGCGUCAAACUUGCAGGUGCAGCAGGAUAAGGCCGACUACAAGAUGCUCGCCGAGCGCCGUUUGGCAGAGAUCGAGGCCAAGGUUCGAGAGAACACGGUGCUGAUUUCGCAGGUCGACGCUCUCAAGCUCCAAAUUGCCUCGGUGCCUGACCACAUUGUCGCCGAGACCAUCUUUUACAAGCAAACCCAGUCUAGCCGCGAUUACUACAGCGCUCAGGGGCAGCGGCUGCAGGCCGAGGUUGAGCGCCUUUUCGCAGAGAUUGCCGAGCUAAAGUCAUCGCGGACUGAGUUUGAGGAGAGCAUACUGACAGAGUCCACGUCUCAGCGGCAGUCCCUGGAGGCCGAGAUGCAGAGGUUGCAGAACGACCUUGUGCGGGUGCGGCACCACCGCGAUCAGAUACAGCGCGAGCUUGAGGAACGGCGGGCACAGGACUCGGUGGAGGACCAGAAGAGCUCUGAGCUCAAGCUCUUGUCCGACGUGCGGCGCGGACGUAUGAACGCGCUGAUUUCUGAGAACAAGCGCCUUUUGGCGUACGUUUCUGUGCUAAAGGGCGAUCGCGCAGCCUUCGAGGCGUACACUGAGGAGGACCUCAGCAAAACCACAGCCGUAGUCGACGAGUUGAGUGCCAAGAUGGAUCAGAUCGUGCGCCGCGAGAACAAGCUUGCCGCUCAACUCGAAGCGCUCACAGUUAGCAGCGCAAGCGCCACCGAUGAUAAGACAGACGCCGUAUUUUCGACGCAGGCUACUGCCAGCUCUAAAUACACCGAGCACUUUGUUGACAAGCUGCAGUGCUUGCAGCAGGAGACCGCGGCGCUACAGGCGCGCGUGCGCAAGUAUGAGGAAAUUUUGGGCGGCGUCUUUGUCGACGAAAAGGGCGCGAUCAUUGAGAGUGCAGCGCUGUCUAGAGGCGAAAAACUCGCAGCCAAGCAAAAGAUGAUCGACGACCUAGCCCUCGAGCGUGACAGCCUUCUCAAGACAUCUGAGAUGAUGGAGCGCGAGCUGCAGACGAUCUGCGAAUCCUUUGCGAAGCUCGAAGAGCAGAAUACAAGCAAAGUGUGGGAUCUCAGCCUCAAGGAGCAGGCCAUCGCGCGUGUCGUUGCUGAAAAGUGCAAGUACGAGGAGAAGUUCAUUGGGCUCAACAAGGACCGCGAGUCCCAGCGGCUGGCCAACCAAGCAUUGCGCCACCAGAACACCAAGCAGCUCGAGCACAUCAAGGCGAUUGAAGAGCGUGACCGUAUGAUGAGCCACCAGAUGUCACUCAUGGGUAAUGAGGCUCAGCAGGCGACAUCGGCAUGGCAGGCGACGCAGACCAAACUCCAGGAGGCGCAGCAUCGGACGCAGGAACUCGAGGAGCAGGCUAAGGCCCUGGAGGAGCGUGCGCGCAUUGCCACUGCGGCGCUAGGCGAGCGCACCGAGGCUCUGGCGGCUGUUGAGCACGAGAAAAACCGCGCGCAGGAGGCCCUGGAACUGGCUAACCGCCGGGUCAGCGAAGCUGAAAAGGUCACUGACCAGACAGGAAUGGCAAAGCUGUGCGCGGACUACAAGGCCUUGCUCAAAUGCCCGACGUGCCAGACGAACUUUAAAUCACACGCGCUUCUUCGCUGCAUGCAUGUUUUUUGCAAGCAGUGUAUAGACUCGCGUAUCGAAACUCGGCAGCGCAAAUGUCCGUCGUGUAGCGAGCCGUUUGGGGCCAAGGAUGUGCGCCAGAUUUACCUUUAG